AGACUUGUUUGCCUACCGGCACGCAGCCUAUCCCUGUCCCCAGGACAGUUCUGGACCCUCCAUCAGCGGUUCCCGCUCAUAGAAGUGAUAAGGAUCAAGGCGGAGCUGUCAUAUUGCUGACUACAAAACCUUUCCUGUGGGGCUUUUGCCAAGAUUCUCUUUAAACACUUCCCCUCUCACCUGAUAACUUCAGUAGUGCUUAAGAUUCCCUGCUGUCCACACCUCGGCUCUCUCCCAGACUUAGGUUGGCUUCCCUCCUUUGGUUCUCAGCUGCUUGGAAAGUCGGACAAGAUGUUUCGCUGUGGUAUGGACUGUGAACGAUGCCGGUGGAUCCUGCCCAUGCUACUGGUCUGUGCCAUCACCUUUGAUAUCUUAGCGCUGACUGGCCGCGGCUGGCUGGAGUCAAGUACCAAAAUCCAGACAUCCUCUCUCUGGUGGAAGUGCCCCCAAGAGGUUGGCCCCAGCGGAACUGGCUCCUUUGAAGAAGGCUGCGAGACCCUUAUGCACUAUGCCUGGGGAAGAGCAGCGGCUGCCACUCUCAUGUGUGGCUGCAUCAUUCUCGUCAUCUGUUUCGUCCUCUCCUUCUUUGCUCUUUGUGGACCACAAAUGCUUGUUUUCCUUCGAGUGAUUGGAGCCCUGCUGGCCCUUGCUGCUGUGUUUCAGAUCAUCUCCCUGGUUAUUUACCCAGUGAUGUAUACCCGGCAAUUCCUCCAAGCUGAUAUUGUUACCAGGUAUUAUUACAACUGGGCUUAUGGCUUUGGCUGGGCAGCUACCAUUAUCAUGAUAGGCUGUGCCUUCUUCUUCUGCUGCCUCCCCAACUAUGAAGAUGAUCUCCUGGGCAAUGCUAAACCCAGGUAUUUCUACACAUCAUCUUAAGAGCUGAGAGUAAAAACAGAAGAAUAUUGAUACUACUUUGACAACUGGAUUCCAGAGACAGAAAGACACUCAUUCCUUUCCACACCAUACUGAACUUAUAUGUCUACAGAGACAUGCAAAGGAUUCAGCUGUUUUUGAGCAAUUUUUUUAAAUGCCAUAAAAAUUCGAGAUAAAUAUCUUAAAUGGUUUUGUAUUUUUGUAUGCAUGUUUCAAGGGAAUUAUUGUGUUAGAUUUUCCUUGUUCCUUUCAAUUCAUUACUAAAAAUAUGCCAAAGUUCCCCAGAAUCUCUCUUUAAAAUUUAUAUGUCAUUUGUAAAAACAUUACAAACCUAAAAUAAUCAUCGUAUAAAAACAGAAACUGGAAUUGCUUUAGACAGUCAGGUAAGGUUUCUAUUUGUCUUUACUUAAUGGACUGGGUUUCCUAAGUUGGGCCAAAGGAGAAAGAGAAGAUAUUUUAAAAGUUAGCAAUAAUUGUUCUCAGCUGAAUAUUUUAAGAUAUGCAAAAUAUGUUUUCCAAUUCAUCUUUUUAUCUUUUUAAAAAGCAUGGUGAUAACCUGUACCCUUAACAUUAUCCAUAAUUUCUCAUUAACCCCAUAAAUCUAUGAAUUUUUAUUAAAUUCCAUGUUAUACUGAAAAUAUCAUUUAAGAAAACAAAAGAAGAUCAAUAUUAUUUUUCCUAGUGGGCCACUCCUUGUUGCAGCUGGAACCCUCAUUUUGGAGUAAAACAUUAAGACGAGUUUUUCUUCUUUAAAGUGGUGCUUUGGGUUGGGCUAAGGUAAAAGCACUAUACUCACUGGUCUGUAUUAUUUCUUUGUCUAUAUGACUCUGGCUAGAUUAGACCAGAUUAGAAAAUGGGGGUUAUUUUUACUUACAGUGUACAUGCUAUGCACAUAGCCCCCAUGAUGGAAUUGAAUUUUUCAGUUCCAGUCUGAUUUGGCUGCAUCCUUAUCGCUAUGGCCUGAAAUAGUAGAAAGAUUGUACUUUAAAGCCUAAAAUGCAGCAAAAAGUCUGGUGGUCCUUGGUAAGUAAUGUACAGGUUAAAAAUUUUAAAUUAAAAAAAAAUUCACUGAGCUGAAUAAAAAAGCACUAAGAAAUGCCAUUUCUAUAAAUGACUGUACAAUGAUGUGUUUGGUUUUUUACCAUUUAUAUUAGUUAACAGAUUGAAAGUCAAAACUGUAUUUAUUUAUCAAUUAUCCUUUUGUAUAUUGCAGUAUAAGCAGUUGCAAAUAGUUUUCAUUAUAAUCUCUUCCUAAUAAACCAGGUCACCUGUUA